AUGGUCACCGGCGGAAAGCACGUCGUUUUUGACAUCGUCGGCACAUGUGUCGGGUACGAGGCCUGGUACGAGGCCAUAGAAGGUCAGAUAGGUGACCGUCUCAAGGCCCACGGCAUCAACACCAGACUGUUCGCCUUCGCCUGGCUCGAGUCCUCGGAGCGCGAGUUCACCUUCCUGGACCUCUCGGGCCGGUAUAGCCCUUACUUCCCCGUGUUCCGGUCGCUGUUCCACCGCGUCCUCGCCCAAGUCGGCGUCCCGAACGUCCGCCAAGAGUUCAGCGAUGAGGAUGCCGACGUCUGCGCCGCCGGCUACGCCGCGCUUAGAGCGAGACCUGGUGUGGCCGAGGCCUGGCAGAAGCUGCGCGACGCAGGCUUCACUGUGUGGGCCCUGACCACCGGCGACAAGCAGAGGGUGCGAGGUUACCUCAGCCGCGCAGGCCUCGAGGUCGCCGACGAGAACUUUGUCACAUGUGAUGGCCUGGACGUGAGAAAGCCCGCCCCCAAGGCUUACCGCUACGUCCUGGACAAGUUCACAGGGGCUGAGCAGACCUGGUUUGCUGCCGCCCAUAUGUGGGAUGCCUCGGGAGCGAAGGCCAGUGGAUUCAAGGCGGCAUGGUGCUCAGUUUGGGAGUGUGAACCGGUUCCAGAAACCUUUGGUGAGGUGGAUGUUGUGGCAGACUCGUUGGUCGAGAUGGCAGAGAAAAUCAUUGAAAAGUCCAAGCAGUAA